UGUCAACAGUGUUUUGAAAGAGCAGAACAACAGAGUGUGGUUUUCUAGCGGAAUAUAAUUUUCAAGGACAUGUAAGCUGGUGCCUGCUUCUUUGUGCAGAUGUCCGUUUGUCUGUCGUCUAAGGAUGUCUACUCUGCCAGGCAGCGGGAAUCAGUCCACGCUGGUCCACCGGCUGGCAACACUGCUGAGGAACUAUGGUGACUGUGUGUUGGAUGGCAGCAGUACCCUGACUCUCCAGGCGGCUCACCUGCAGCACCUGACCAGGCUGUUUGAGCAGCACCUGGUGUCCCGUACCAACCAGCAUGGCUUCCUGGCCCUGCCCUCGCACCCCGCAGACACCGCCUCACUGCUGCAGGUGCAGGGGCUCUUUGAUAUGCUGCAGAAGACACUCUCCCUUAAGCUUGUCAUACCUGCUGGUUCUAGACUGCAGUCUGUGGUCAAGAUCUUCCCAUUCAAGUCACUAAAACACCUGGAGUUGAAGCGUAUCCCCCCUCACUGUCUGGAGGGUCUGAGGGGGGUCUACUCUCAGCUGGAGAUCUUUACCUGUUCCAAAAGCCUCACCUCGCUAGAGGAGCUGCUCUCUCUCUGUGGGGGAGAUCUGAGCUCAGCUCUGCCCUGGCUGGAGCUACACACACUCAACUUCAGCUACAACUCUAUCACCUGCCUGGACGACUCACUGAGUCUGUUGAAUGUCCUGAGGUCUCUGGAUCUGAGCCACAACAGGAUCCAGGACUGUGCUGAGUUCCUCAAGCCCCUGAGUGAGUUGGAGUAUCUGAAUAUUUCCUACAAUAACCUGCAGAGGGCGCCACAGCUGGGUCCGAGUGCCAGAAUAAAACUGAGCGUCCUUGUACUGCGCAACAAUGAACUGGAGACUAUUAAUGGCCUGGAGCACCUCAGCUCUCUGCAGCAUCUGGACCUGGCCUACAACCUGCUAUUGGAGCACUCACAACUCGCACCCCUCUCACAGCUACACACCUUACAUACGUUGAUCUUGGAAGGGAAUCCGCUGUUCUUCCUGAAGACUCACCGGGCCUGCACCGUUCGACACCUCUCCCCAAGGGCAGCCUUCCAGCGGCUCCGGCUGGAUGGCUGCCCUCUCUCUACCUCAGAACUAUCAAUGCUGCCCAAACCGGGACAGCUGAUUGGCCAGAUGGUCCAGGCACCAGCACAGGUUGCCGUGGUAGCAGUGGUAGGCGGGGUGAUGGGGGCGGAGCCUGCCUCUCAGGACCAAUCAAGCGGAGCUGGAGAGUUGAGUGACAGCGUGUCCGUCAGCGAGGCCGUAGCAGUCUCAAGACUACGCAAGAGGAAGUCAAAGGGUAAAGUCAGGGUACGGAGGGCCAGCAUUUCCGAGCCCAGUGACACUGACCACGAAGUCCGAGUGGGCUCUAGUUUACAAGAUACAAUAGUACUUCACCACCAGAAGGACAUUGAGCGCAUGGACAGCUUCCGAGACAAGCUGGGGGAGGACUGGCUCCGCUACCAGCACCACUUGGAGCCCUCCAGCUCCACCCCACCUCAGACCUCCACAGCCCCCACAGCCAGAACCAGCAACACCUCCACCCCAGCCCCAGCCCCUGCCUCCACCCUGCGGCCCCCCACCCCAUCUCAGACUGGUGUCACCACCCUACAUCCAUCCACUCCCAGCUCAACCUCAACAUCAGCCCAGCAUGGUGUGUCUACCCAGCGAACCCCCUCCCCGUCUCUAUGUGACGGGCCCUAUUCGUCCACCCCUAACGCCUCCACGGUCGUCUUCCCUGUGACCCCCCAGCUGGUCCCCAAUGGCCGCUGCACCCCCACCCAGACUGACACCCCUGUCACCGUCACUGCCACUGCCACCCCUCCACCUCAGUACCUCAGUACGGAGAGGACUGCCUUAGCCGACGCCUUGUGCAGCGUCGUGUCCCCCCCACUGGCGCCAUUGUCAUCAAAUGUGAGGGACGGAGUUGGUGGCGGCGGUGGGGGUGGCGGCGAUGUGGACAUGGACACAGAGUCCACCCUGAGAUGGGACCGCUCGACAGCCUCCACACUCGAGGAGAGGAGCGGAACUCUAACCAACACCACCACGCAAUCGCUCUCGCCGCGAGAUGAAGAGCGGAAUGAGGAAGAGGAGGAGGAGGACGAUACAGGAGUGGACCUGUGUCUGCCGCUGCUGGUGGGUGUUGCCGUGGAGGAUGAAGAGUGUGAAGAUGAUGAUGGUGGUGGUGGUGAUGAUGGUGGUUACAGCAGCGUUGUGAUGAGGAAGUCCCGUGGUCCCUUGUUCCUGCGUGUUCGCCAGGGGGUCCUACUGGAGGUGGACAUGACCAGGGGACGCGUCAGGAGACGAGUGGAGAUGGACAACCUGCACCACAUGAGUCGCACACACACGCCCUGGGGAGACGACAAGGAGCAGGGUGAGGGUUUGCCAUCUCUAACUCUUCACUUCAGCUCUUUGAUUCGUCAUCGCCGCCAGAGAUGCUAUGUAAUGCUGGACGACAACCCACAACAGGCCCUACAGGACCUAUGGGAUAUCCUGUCCCGUGUGGUGGAGGAGAAUAUGAGGCGUGCAGAGGGCAGCCGUCCCGCGGGGAUGAUGCUGAAGUGCCUACGCUGCAGAGCCGAGUUCCCUCCCCCUCACACAAUGGGGACCCAAGGCUAUGUGGGGGUCACAUGGGGCCCCGAGAGAUCCAAUGGGGACACAGGAGGAGGAGUGGAGGAGAAGGAGGCAGAGGAUGGAGAGAACACCAAUACCAACAUAGAGGACUCAACAGGAAGUGGUGUGAAUUGCCCAGAAUGCAACAGUGAUCAUGUGGUCCAGCUGGCUGGCCAAUCGGCUCCUUUAAGCAGUACACCCAUCCCCAGUGACGCAGAGGAGGGUGGAGAAAAGAGGCGAUUCUCCUUCAGUGAUACCGACACACCAAAGAAGCCUUCGCGAAUCACCAGUAGCCAGAGUGAGUCUUCAUUGGCCGGCAGCGAUCACUUGGCCACGGGCGAGCCAAACACAACCUUCCUGACGGCAUCGAGCAGCCUAUCGCAGCCUGGCGAUCGGGAUCGCCGUGACGACGAGGACUACGGGUGGGCCGAUCAAAGCACCUCUCAGCCUAUCAGCUACCACACGGCAGAUGGAGCGGGAGAGACCAACACGGACCUCAGCUGUCAAUCAGAGAGCCAGGACGAGCAGGAGCUGGGGGGAAGCUACAGCUACGGAGUCCCGCAGGUCACACAGGACUCACAGCUCACUCAGGGGGACACGACCGACGGAGCAUGCCCAGUACCCUUUGACCUUUUAUGUGAGGACUAUGAGGCCGUGGACCACCGUCUGAAGCUCUUCCUGGAUGUGGAGGUAUUCCAGGCAGAGGAGGAGCUACACAGCUUUCUCAAGAUGUCCACGGUGAAGUUUGGAGACCCUGUGGAGUUCCCAUCGUUGCUGGUGGUAACUGAUCAGGCCCUCUACAUCCUACACAUCACAGCUGAGCCACAAGGGCAGCCAUCCGAUUGGCUGGAGAAGCGCCAUAGGCACCGCCUCUGUGAGAUGAGUUACCUGGAGAUUGGCCUGGGCUCCCAGAGCAUGCACCUGGAGUUCGCAGACACCAACACACACACCUGCGCAUACACACUGCUCGUGCGGGACCCGGGACGCUGCAAACGCUACUUCAGUCACCUAACAGGCAUCGUGAGGGAGUUGGCACCAAGGUCAGACAGCAAGCUGAAGGGCAUCUCAACCACCAGACUCACACCAGCACACCACCUCUGGCCUAUGGUAUGUGAGGGUUCUCAGGGUCAAGAGGACGAGGAUGACAGUCAACCCCAGUUCAUCUACACACUGGCCUUCAUCAACCAAGAUGACUCUGUGGUCCCUGUGACUGUGCUGGCCACACGGGAAACCCUGUACAUGCUGGACGAGGACCACCAAUGGAGCAAGAGCCAGCAGCAACCCACCAAUGAGAACGCAGAGACGGACAGUGGGCGGGUCACUGUGCGAGAGACUCAACCAAUCAGUUGUGUCAGCUCAGUGCAGCUCUUCUCGUCCAAUGCCUGCAGACUAGACGUGAAGCUCUACGAUGAGGUCCUGAAGCAGGAGUGUGUGUGGCGUCUUCAGAUGGAGUGUGUCGAGUGUGUGACGUCAUUGCUGGACUGGGUACGCAGGCAGUGGGAGGCCAUGUUCGGAGUCAAGCUCACCACACACACCAGCUGAGGAAGACCUUAAUGCUCUUCAUCAUCAUCAGCAGCAGCAGCAACAGCAUCACCACCAGCUGAAGCUGAGAAUGAGGAUCAGAUCUUGGGAGUUUAAAGCACGUCCAAAUUGCUAUCAUAAUCAUCAUCUCCACACACGCCAGCUGAGGUGGAUAUUCAACCUCCUCCUCAUCCUCCUCCUCUUCGUCCUCCUCCUCUCUUUCUUUUCUCCUUCUCCUCCUCCUCCUCCUCCUCCUCCUCCUCCUCCUCCUCCUCCUCCAGUGACUGCCCAACCUUCACCAGCUCAGCUGCUUAAAUCUCCAUCAUCGGCAUCUUUCUUGUCAUCAUCAUUUUCCUCUUCAUCCUCAUCCUCAUCAUCACCACCAUAGUCUUCCCCAGUCCUCAUCAGUAAACUCUUCGGUCUUCAGUGAACCUCUCUACAGACUUUGUGACUCUUUUCCACAGAAAUGGAGUCUACACCCGUCCUUAAGCACCUGGAUGUGUUUUUCUUUUAUUUUAGCAUUUUUUUCUUUUUUACUACUUUCCCCAUUUCGUUUUUCUUUUCUUUUCUUUCUUUCUUUUUUACUUUAUAUUGCUGCUCUUUGUCCUUUUCUCUAUAUCUCUCUCUCUUUCUUUUACCAUCUUCCUUUUCCUCACAUAUUCUUUUUCCUCUAGCACCCUGUCAUUCCCAGUUCAAAUUUUACACUCUCUCUUUCUCUCUCUCUCUCUCUCUCUCUCUCUCUCUCUCUCUCUCUCUCUCUCUCUCUCUCUCUCUCUCUCUCUCUCUCUCUCUAAUACCUGGUUUCCUGUCAGCUCUCCUUUUUAAUAAAAGCUGAUCUGUUAUACUUGGCUGCAGGAAGCGCGGCACAAAUCGCCGGAAUGAAACCGCUCGGUGGAACGGCCCUGGGUAACGAAAAAAAGGACCCUGAGGCAACACACACAAACACACACACACACACACA